AUGGGGGCGGCGGCGGCCGCCGCGGCGGCGGCUGGGGGGGGGUUCCUGGACCAGCCCCACCUGUCGGCCGCAGCCUUGACGGCGGACUUAGACCCACCCUCCGCGCGAUUGCAGCGAAACGUGUCGCUGCCCGGCGCGCUGCGGGAGGGCGGGGGGCACGGUCAAGGACAAGGGUUCGUGUCGACCCCGCCGCCCAGCUCCGGUGCGGAAGGGGGUGGGGGAUACUUCACGACCGUUCCGAACCCUCCGGGGGGCGGGAGGGGGGGCAGGGGGGGGGGGUGCUCGGUGGAAGAGGCUUACAACGCGGAAGGGGACGAAAUGUAUUUCACUCCGCAGCAUGGGACCGGAGGCACCCCACAGCACGGCAAACGAGGGACGGGCUUCAGUUUCCCCGCGGGCGGGGAGGGCGCGGGUAGCGGCGGGAGUAUUUAUGUAACCCCCCGAUCAACGCCGAGGCACAACGAGGGAGGCAUGUCUGUGGACAGAGGAGAGAGCAGGAGAGAGGCUUACGCGCACCUGGAGUCGUCGCGAGAACGAGACGGUUUCGAGGUCGAGAUCGAACGAAGACAGAGCGGCUUGACGUCGCUGGGCGGAAGCUUCCGAGGGGGAGGAGGAGGAGCCCCACCGGCGUCUACCCCUGCUGCCGCUGCCGCCGCUGCUACCGCUGCGGGUCCCAACCACGGGGCAGCGGGGGCGGCGUGGCCUCUCGAUACCGGACGGGAAACUUGGUCGUACUGA